AUGCGUGGUCAGCUUAUGCACUUGUAUGAUCCAGUAGCAGCAAAUGGUCAAGGUGGUCUUCUUCUUGCUGAUGCAUUUUCUGUUCAAGCGAAAAACAGAACAACCGACACGCUAUCAAGGGAGGAUUUGAAGAUACCUGCAAAUUUUGAGCAGUUUAAAGAGAUCUGUGUCCUCCGAAAUCGUCCCGAAACGAUGUCGAUCCGAUGCCGACCCGAUGCUCUUACUUUCGUUUCGUUCGAGCUUCAAAGAUCCUUAGCUGAAGAGGUUGUUAAGAUGGGAAAAGGAAAUGCCGAAACAGUGCGCACUCGCGUGGGACCCACACACGGAAUCACCGUUCGCGACAUUAUUUGGGAUGCGGCAAACACCUAA